AUGAUAUCUAGAAAAGGGCAGAAAGCUAUUAAUGAAGGGGUGGUGGGUAAAUACGUAAAAAAAGAUACUCCUCCAGAUUUACCAAUUAUAAAUGUUUGGACAACUGGAAAUAAUAGAAGACCACGUAGCCAGCCGUUCGGAGCCAGUGAUGGAAACACACAGAGCAUUGAAAAUAAAUUUGGUAAAGCCCAAACAAUGAGUGGUCAUGCAGGAAAAUAUACACCUAGUGAAUCUGUACCAAACUUAGCUCACAGAUUUGCCAGUUUGUCUACUGCAAGUGACACAGCAAGUACUUCAAGCCACUUCAACUCACAGUUUCAUUUAGACAAUAAUUUGGCUUCCCAUUCAACCUUGAAUGAAAUUGAUGAUUCCUUUAGUCGCCAGACUAGUCAUCGUUAUUAUAGGCAAAUACAACCAGAAGAUCCUAUUUAUCAAAAUCAACAGCAGGUUCAACAACAAAAGCAGCAACAGUAUAGUUCACGUGAAUCAAGUAUGCCUCGGAUAUCUUCUAACUUGAGCUUAACCCCCUGUCUUCAUCCUCCAUCACCCCAUUCAAUUCGAAUUCAUUGUACUGACUCAUACUCAACAGCAAGUCCAUCAUCUCCAAUUUAUUCUAAUUAUGUCAAUACCCCUGCUCUUCCAUAUCAUAACAAGGGUCAUGGAGGCAACAUCAUAUCUUCUAGUCAAGGAUCGGAUGAAUGUGAGCUACCAUUGCCGCCUGGCUGGUCAGCAGACCGCACGCUGCGUGGCCGUCGCUAUUACAUGGACCAUAACACGCAAACCACGCACUGGACGCACCCACUUGAAAGCGUUCCUCGGCCCUGGCAUCGCGUCUCCACACCACAUCAUGGAGUAUAUUAUUUUAAUGAAAUUACCCAUCAAACCACAUACGCCCACCCAUGCUUAGUAGGAGGAUGCUACUUGGUUAGCCCCCUUGUGCCAACCCUGGUUCCACCUUAUUUGUUAGAAGAAAUACCACAUUGGCUGAUUGUUUACUCAAAAGCCGAUCAAGAAUUGGACCAUAAACUGAGGUGGAACAUGUUCCGUUUAAGCGAGCUUGAUUGUUAUUCAGACAUGUUGACUAGACUUUAUAAACAAGAACUUCAACUUAUUGUGAUGAAAUAUGAACAGUAUAGAUCUGCUUUACUACAAGAACUUGAAAGGAGGAGACAUGCUAAGUCAUGUCAUGCACAUUCAAAUUAU